CCUUCGAAGGCUGGUCUGUGCUCAGUGUUUUCGUGGUGAUGCAAGUCGGCUCUCUCCUCCAGCAGUUGGAUCCCUCCCAUCUCACAGUACCUCACAGGUCUCUUCCCCCGAGCAGUGCAUUGCUGGAGCGAGGAGAAGCUCACGAAUCAGCUGCAGGUCUCUGUUUUGAAAAAGCAGAGAUACAGAGGCAGAGGAAAAGGGUGGACUCCUAUGUGACCUGUUCUUAAAGCAAGACAAUCACCAUCUGAAUUCCAGAAGCCCUGUUCAUGGUUGGGGAUAUUUUCUCGACUGCAUGGAAUCAGAAAGAAGCAAAAGGAUGGGAAAUGCCUGCAUUCCCCUGAAAAGAAUUGCUUAUUUCCUAUGUCUCUUAUCUGCGCUUUUGCUGACUGAGGGGAAGAAACCAGCGAAGCCAAAAUGCCCUGCCGUGUGUACUUGUACCAAAGAUAAUGCUUUAUGUGAGAAUGCCAGAUCCAUUCCACGCACCGUUCCUCCUGAUGUUAUCUCAUUAUCCUUUGUGAGAUCUGGUUUUACUGAAAUCUCAGAAGGGAGUUUUUUAUUCACACCAUCGCUGCAGCUCUUGUUAUUCACAUCGAACUCCUUUGAUGUGAUCAGUGAUGAUGCUUUUAUUGGUCUUCCACAUCUAGAGUAUUUAUUCAUAGAAAACAACAACAUCAAGUCAAUUUCAAGACAUACUUUCCGGGGACUAAAGUCGUUAAUUCACUUGAGCCUUGCAAACAACAAUCUCCAGACACUCCCAAAAGAUAUUUUCAAAGGCCUGGAUUCUUUAACAAAUGUGGACCUGAGGGGUAAUUCAUUUAAUUGUGACUGUAAACUGAAAUGGCUAGUGGAAUGGCUUGGCCACACCAAUGCAACUGUUGAAGACAUCUACUGCGAAGGCCCCCCAGAAUACAAGAAGCGCAAAAUCAAUAGUCUCUCCUCCAAGGAUUUCGAUUGCAUCAUUACAGAAUUUGCAAAGUCUCAAGACCUGCCUUAUCAAUCAUUGUCCAUAGACACUUUUUCUUAUUUGAAUGAUGAGUAUGUAGUCAUCGCUCAGCCUUUUACUGGAAAAUGCAUUUUCCUUGAAUGGGACCAUGUGGAAAAGACCUUCCGGAAUUAUGACAACAUUACAGGCACAUCCACUGUAGUAUGCAAGCCUAUAGUCAUUGAAACUCAGCUCUAUGUUAUUGUGGCCCAGCUGUUUGGUGGCUCUCACAUCUAUAAGCGAGACAGUUUUGCAAAUAAAUUCAUAAAAAUCCAGGAUAUUGAAAUUCUCAAAAUCCGAAAACCCAAUGACAUUGAGACAUUCAAGAUUGAAAACAACUGGUACUUUGUUGUUGCUGACAGUUCAAAAGCUGGUUUUACUACCAUUUACAAAUGGAACGGAAACGGAUUCUACUCCCAUCAAUCCUUACAUGCGUGGUACAGGGACACUGAUGUGGAAUAUCUAGAAAUAGUCAGAACACCUCAGACACUCAGAACGCCUCAUUUAAUUCUGUCUAGUAGUUCCCAGCGUCCUGUAAUUUAUCAGUGGAACAAAGCAACACAAUUAUUCACUAACCAAACUGACAUUCCUAACAUGGAGGAUGUGUAUGCAGUGAAGCACUUCUCAGUGAAAGGGGACGUGUACAUUUGCUUGACAAGAUUCAUUGGUGAUUCCAAAGUCAUGAAAUGGGGAGGCUCCUCGUUCCAGGAUAUUCAGAGGAUGCCAUCGCGAGGAUCCAUGGUGUUCCAGCCUCUGCAGAUAAAUAAUUACCAAUAUGCAAUUCUUGGAAGUGAUUACUCCUUUACUCAAGUGUAUAACUGGGAUGCAGAGAAAGCCAAAUUUGUGAAAUUUCAGGAAUUAAAUGUUCAGGCACCAAGAUCAUUCACACAUGUGUCCAUUAAUAAGCGUAAUUUUCUUUUUGCUUCCAGUUUUAAGGGAAAUACACAGAUUUACAAACAUGUCAUAGUUGACUUAAGCGCAUGAGACACCAAAUUCUGUGGCUGCCAUCAGAAAUUUUCUACAGUACAUGACCCGGAUGAACUCAAUGCAUGAUGACUCUUCUUAUCACACUUGCAAAUGAAUGCCUUUCAAACAUUGAGACUGCUAGAACCAAGCACUACCAGUAUCUCCAUCCUUAACUGUCCAGUCCAGUGAUGUGGGAAGUUACCUUUUAUAAGACAAAAUUUAAUUGUGUAACUGUUCUUUGCAGUGAAGAUGUGUAAAUAAGCGUUUAAUGAUAUCUGUUACUCCAAAAAGAAAUAUUAAUAUGUACUUUUCCAUUUAUUUAUUCAUGUGUUCAGAAACAACUGCCAAAUAAAAUGUUUACAUUUUCUUUCAUA